GGCCUCCCUUCCCCUGAAGAUCAGGGACUUAGCCGCGGGUUCCGCCGCCUCGGGAGCCCUCGGAGACUUCUGUCUGUCAGCGGCGGCAGUGGCGGGGGCGGCGGGGACCGUGGGGAAGGAGGCGGCGGCAGGCCUUCCGCGCGGCCGCGAUGCUGAGCUCCCGGGCCCAGGCGGCGAUGAGCGCGGCCGACAGGGCCAUCCAGCGCUUCCUGCGGACUGGGGCGGCCGUCAGAUAUAAAGUCAUGAAGAACUGGGGUGUCAUAGGUGGACUCGCCGCCGCUCUCGCAGCAGGAAUAUAUGUUAUUUGGGGUCCCAUCACAGAAAGAAAGAAACGUAGAAAAGGGCUUGUGCCUGGCCUGGUCAACCUGGGGAACACCUGCUUCAUGAACUCGCUGCUGCAAGGCCUGUCUGCCUGCCCCGCUUUCAUCCGGUGGCUGGAGGAGUUCACCACCCAGUACACCAGGGACCAGAAGGAGCCCCCCACGCACCAGUAUUUAUCCUUAACGCUGCUGCAGCUCCUGAAAGCUUUAUCCUGCCAGGAAGUUACUGAUGAUGAAGUCUUGGAUGCAAGCUGCUUGUUGGAUGUCUUAAGAAUGUAUAGGUGGCAGAUCUCUUCAUUUGAAGAACAGGAUGCUCACGAGUUGUUCCACGUCCUCACCUCGUCGUUGGAGGAUGAGCGGGACCGCCAGCCUCGGGUCACACACUUGUUCGAUGUUCGUUCCCUGGAGCAGCAGCCGGAGGUCGCUCCCCAGCAGAUAACCUGCCGCACAAGAGGGGCGCCUCACCCCGUGUCCGGUCACUGGAAACCUCAGCACCCGUUCCACGGGAGACUCACCAGUAACAUGGUCUGCAAGCACUGCGAGCACCAGAGUCCUGUUCGGUUUGAUACCUUUGAUAGCCUUUCGCUGAGCAUUCCAGCAGCCACAUGGGGCCACCCACUGACCCUGGACCACUGCCUUCACCACUUCGUCUCCUCAGAGUCGGUGCGGGAUGUUGUCUGUGACAACUGUACCAAGAAUGAAGCCAAAGGGACGUUGAAUGGGGGAAAGGUGGAACACCAGAGGACCACUUUUGUUAAGCAGUUAAAGCUAGGGAAGCUCCCCCAGUGCUUGUGCAUCCACCUGCAGCGGCUGAGCUGGUCCAGCCACGGCACGCCCCUGAAGCGGCACGAGCACGUGCAGUUCAACGAGUUCCUGAUGAUGGACAUCUACAAGUACCACCUCCUUGGACAUAAGCCCGGUCCACACAGCCCCAAGCUGAACGAGAAGGCAGGGCCUGUGUUGGAGCUGCAGGAUGGGCCGGCGGCCCCCAAAUCAGUUCUGAAUCACCCAGGGGGCCCCAAACCCCACAUUUUUAUGAAUGGUGCCUGCUCCCCGGCCGUGUUGCCUACCCUGCCAGCCCCAGUGCCCUUCCCCCUGCCCGUUGUUCCGGACUACAGCUCCUCCGCGUACCUCUUCCGGCUGAUGGCGGUCGUCGUCCACCACGGAGACAUGCACUCGGGACACUUUGUGACUUACCGACGGUCCCCACCUUCGGCCAAGAACCCCCUGUCAACCAGCAACCAGUGGCUGUGGGUUUCCGACGACACGGUGCGCCGGGCCAGCCUGCAGGAGGUCCUGUCCUCCAGCGCCUACCUGCUGUUCUACGAGCGGGUGCUCUCCAAGGUGCAGCACCAGAGCCGGGAGUACACGUCCGAGGAAUGAGCGCGCCCCACCCCCAGAGCUAGACCUGACGGCGCUGUGCACGCCACCCUGGAAAGAGACAAACUCCGACCACGUGUGCGUGCAUGCGCGCAGGCAGCCCGCCAGAGCCCUUCAGCCUUCGGGUGUGCUCCCAGAGCAGGCUCCACCGGGGAGCCGGUGGCCCCGACGCAACCCAAGUCGGGCCCCUGAGCAGCUCUGCUGGCACGCACUGGACGGCGUCGCUGUCGUGUUGGGACAGCAUUCACUCUGCCCAGAGCAUCUUCUCGCUCACCUGAUGCAGGUUGUUAAAAGAAAUCAGGCUCCGGAAGCACCUCUUCUGUAUUCUUACAUACUAGGCGUUCUCGGAGGGGGGCCACCUUCGUCAGACCCUCCGAUGUUUCAGCGCAGACCUUUCAUUUCUAAUGAGCAGGCCCGCAUAAAAAUUGUUGACAGGAAUUAGUGAGAUUAUCAAAGGCAACAAUUUAGAAGAAAAAGUGCCUUUCACUUUUGAUCGCUUUUGUAGCACGUCCAUUCUGGAAAAUACACGUUCUCUAAGAGUCAUAGAACCAAUUUUGGAAAAGCCUUCUUCUCAGUUUCUCAAGGGAUAGCAAAAGAACCGUUAAAAGAUGCCUAAAGAACACCCACCUUCCCUUUUUGUAUGUCUUUUUCUAAUCUUUCGAUUCUUUGUAUAUACAUCUACAGUAAAAGCUCUCCUGCCAAAUCUGCCCCUCGGGGGGACUGUCACUGCUUCCUCAGUUCUCAGUGACCUGCUCACGCGUUGCCCUUACCUUUCGUACGCAGGACGCGCGGGACUCGGGGUCGCGCUGACAGUGGGAGCCCCUGAGAAUAGCCAGACUGUGCCCUGCAGUUCCUCUGCUCUGUAGAAGCCCGAUCUCCCAGACACCCGCUUCAGACGGUUAUCCACGUCUAUUUAUUUAUCGCUCGUGCAGAGCUCUUAAGAUGUGCAGGCGGGGCCGGGGGCCGUGUAAGAAGGCAGCCCCGCCUCGGUGUGGGGACUGGAGUCGGAAGGAAGGGCGCCCGCCCUGGGGCUGCAGCCCCUCUGGACCCCCACCUCCUUGUUCGUGAUGGGAAGGCUGAGGUCGAUGGCCGUCGAAGGCCAGGCUUUCCCAC